UUUAGUAGUUAGAAAGAAUAGAGAGAAACCAGCAAAGACAGCGGUAGCUAGCUCUUCUUCAAAAACGCACCCUAUUCUUCCCUAUUUGCAUCGCAUUUGUUCUUCUUGAAUCUCUUGGUAUUCGAGAGAGAGAAAGAAUGUUCCAACACAAGAAGCCCUCAAGUAUGAAUUCCCACGAGAGACCCUUGUGUGUUCAAGGGGACUCUGGUCUUGUCCUCACCACAGAUCCCAAGCCUCGUCUCCGAUGGACCGUCGAGCUUCAUGAACGCUUUGUCGAUGCUGUCACUCAGCUUGGAGGACCAGAUAAGGCGACUCCAAAGACAAUUAUGAGGGUCAUGGGUGUGAAGGGGCUCACCCUUUACCACCUCAAGAGCCACCUUCAGAAAUUCAGGCUUGGGAAGCAACCUCACAAGGAAUUCAAUGAUCACUCCAUUAAGGAUGGUAUGAGAGCAUCAGCACUGGAACUUCAGCGAAAUACUGCAUCCUCAUCCGCCAUGAUAGGCCGCAGUAUGAACGACAGUAACUCACACAUGGUUGAUGCGAUUAGGAUGCAAAUGGAGGUGCAGAGAAGACUGCAUGAACAAUUGGAGGUCCAAAGACACCUUCAGUUGAGAAUUGAGGCUCAAGGGAAGUACAUGCAAAGUAUAUUGGAAAAAGCUUGUCAAACCCUCGCUGGUGAAAACAUGGCGUCAGGAAGCUAUAAAGGUAUGGGAAAUCAAGGUGUUAAUCCUCAUGACAUGGCAGGCAUCAAAGACUUUACCUCUCCUCUCAACUUUCCAUCUUUCCAAGACCUUAACAUUUAUGGGGGCGACCAACUUGAUCUCCACCAGAACCUCGAGAGGCCAUCCCUUGAUGGUUUUUUGGGUGGCAAUGAUAACCUUUGUCUGGGAAAGAAGAGGCCAAGCCCUUAUAGUGGCAGCGGCAAGAGCCCUUUGAUAUGGUCAGACGAUCUCCGGCUGCAGGACUUGGGAACGGCGGCAUCUUGUCUCGGACCACAAGAUGAUCCAUUCAAAGGCGAUCAAAUUCAAAUGGCACCGCCAUCCAUGGAAAGAGGCAGCGACAUUGAGUCGUUCUCGGAGAUAUAUGAAACAAAGCCUGUAAUCUCAGGGGAUUCUUUGGGGGAGAAGAAGUUUGAGGCAGCAGGAUCAGCAAAACUUGAAAGGCCGUCACCAAGAAGAGGACCGCUGGCCACCGACAGGAUGAGCCCUAUGAUUAACACUGGUGGAAUCCCACAAGGAAGGAGUUCACCAUUUGGGUGAAAGCCUUUUAUAAUAUAUGGUCAUAUAUACAGCUUAGAUGUAAGUGAUGGAUUCGUGAUACCAUAUUAAACUCUCAAAGAGUAUGAGACCUAGGGUUUUGGUCCUGAUUAUGAAUUUUUAGUUGUCCAGAUUAGGGUUCCUACUGAGUUAUAUGAUAAAUGCCAUGCAUGGCAAAUCCCAUAAAAAUUUAACAAAUACAUUUGUAUCUUAAUUUGAUCCUUGUCACUUGAUCUUCAUCAUACUAUUUAUUAUCAUGCAUUAACCAGCCAUAUAUAUUCUA